ACUCUCCUGAACCCAGCUGUGUGUCCAUGAAGAGUGACCGGUCUAUGGGUCAUCCUGUUACCUUUAAAGCUGGACAACCUGCCGAUGGAAGAGUUCAGAAGGAAAGCUCAUUGGUCCACAGUGAUCAGUCCACCCAGAAGCAUCAACCAGACCUGGACUCCAUAUCUAUGCUGCUGGAGGAGAACAUUCUCGCUUUUGUGAGGAACGAGCUUAAGAGAGUCCAGAGGUUUCUGAGUCCAGAUUACCCAGAAUGCUUAGAGAGUCAGAGGGAGGAUGAGGAGGUUUUGGACGGUGAGGAUGAAGAGCAGAGGAGGAGCAGCAGAGAGGCAUUUCGGAAGAUCACACUGAACUUCCUGAGGAGACUGAAGCGGGAGGAGCUGGCUGACUCUCUGCAGAGCAUUUGUCAACAUAAACUCAAAUCUAAGCUGAAGCAGAAGUUCCAGUGUGUGUUUGAGGGGGUUUCAAUAGCAGGAAACCCAACUCUUCUGAAUCAGAUCUACACGGAGCUCUACAUCACAGAGGGAGGGAGCGGAGGGGUCAAUGAAGAACAUGAGGUCAGACAGAUUGAAACAGCAUCCAGGAAACCAGCCAGACCAGAAACAACAGUCAGACAGGAAGACUUCUUUAAAGCCUCACCUGGAAGAGAUGUACCAAUCAGAACAGUGGUGACAAAGGGAGUGGCUGGCAUUGGGAAAACAGUCUUAACACAGAAGUUCACUCUGGACUGGGCUGAAGACAAAGCCAACCAGGACAUACAGUUCACGUUUCCAUUCACCUUCAGAGAGCUGAAUAUACUGAAAGAGAAAAAGUUCAGCUUGGUGGAACUGGUUCAUCACUUCUUCAAUGAAACCAAAAAAGCAGGAAUCUGCAGGUUUGACAAGUUCCAGGUUUUGUUCAUCUUUGACGGUCUGGACGAGUGUCGACUUCCUCUGGACUUCCACAACACUGAGAUCCUGACUGAUGUCACAAAGUCCACAUCAGUGGACGUGCUGCUGACGAACCUCAUCAGGGGGAAUCUGCUUCCCUCUGCUCGCCUCUGGAUAACCACACGACCUGCAGCAGCCAAUCAGAUCCCUCCCGAGUGUGUCGACAUGGUGACAGAGGUCAGAGGGUUCACUGACCCACAGAAGGAGGAGUACUUCAGGAAGAGAUUCAGAGAUGAGGAGCAGGCCAGCAGGAUCAUCUCCCACAUCAAGACAUCACGAAGCCUCCACAUCAUGUGCCACAUCCCAGUCUUCUGCUGGAUCACCGCAACAGUUCUGGAGGAUGUGUUAAAAACCAGAGAGGGAGGGGAGCUGCCCAAGACCCUGACUGAGAUUUACAUCCACUUCCUGGUGGUUCAGUCCAAACUGAAGAAGGUCAAGUAUGAUGGAGGAGCGGAGACAGAUCCACACUGGAGUCCAGAGAGCAGGGAGAUGAUUGAGUCUCUGGGAAAACUGGCUUUUGAGCAGCUGCAGAAAGGAAACCUGAUCUUCUAUGAAACAGAUCUGACAGAGUGUGGCAUCGAUAUCAGAGCAGCCUCGGUUUACUCAGGAGUGUUCACACAGAUCUUUAAAGAGGAGAGAGGGCUGUACCUGGACAAGGUCUUCUGCUUCGUCCAUCUGAGUGUUCAGGAGUUUCUGGCUGCUCUUCAUGUCCAUCUGACCUUCAUCAACUCUGGAGUCAAUCUGCUGUCAGACAAGAAAUCAACCUCCAAGACAGCUAAAGUAUUAAGAGACAAACCUGAACAAGGACAUUUCUACCAGAGCGCUGUGGACAAGGCCUUACAGAGUGCAAAUGGACACCUGGACUUGUUCCUCCGCUUCCUCCUGGGUCUUUCACUGCAGACCAAUCAGAAACAACUACUAGACCUGCUGAAACAGACAGGAAGUAGCUCACAGACCAAUCUGAAAACAGUUGAGUACAUCAAGAAGAAGAUCAGUCAGAAUCUGUCUCCAGAGAGAAACAUCAAUCUGUUCCACUGUCUGAAUGAGCUGAAUGAUGGUUCGCUAGUGGAGCAGAUCCAACAGUCCCUGAGAUCAGGAAGUCUCUCCGCAGGUAAACUCUCUCCUGCUCAAUGGUCAGCUCUGGGCUUCAUCUUACUGUCGUCGGAAAAAGAUCUGGACGUGUUUGACCUGAAGAAAUACUCUGCUUCAGAGGAGGCUUUUCUGAGGCUGCUGCCAGUGGUCAGAGCCUCCAAAAAAGCUCUGCUGAGUGGUUGUAACCUCUCAGAGAGAAGCUGUGAAGCUCUGUCCUCAGUCCUCAGCUCCCAGUCCUCAAGUCUGAGAGAGCUGGAUCUGAGUAACAACAACCUGCAGGAUUCAGGAGUGAAGCUGCUGUGUGCUGGACUGGAAGGUCCACACUGUAAACUGGAAACUCUCAGCCUGUCGGGCUGUCUGGUCACAGAGAAAGGUUGUGGUUCUCUGGCCUCAGCUCUGAGCUCCAACCCCUCCCAUCUGAGAGAGCUGGACCUGAGCUACAAUCAUCCAGGAGGCUCAGGAGUGAAGCUGCUGUCUGCUGGACUGGAGGAUCCACACUGGAGACUGGACACUCUCAGGGUGGACCAUGGUGGGGAACAGAGGUUAAAACCUGGUUUAAGGAAAUAUGCCUGCAAACUGGAGCUGGACCCAAACACAGCGAACAGAUUCCUCCAGCUGUCCGACAACAACAGAAAGGUGACAGCGGUGCGAAAGGAGCAGCCAUAUCCCGAUCAUCCAGAGAGGUUUCACAGCAAUCAGCUGCUGCAUAGGAAUAGUCUGACAGGCCGUUGUUAUUGGGAAGUUGACUGGCGAGGGUGGGUUGACAUCGGCGUCGCUUACGGAGGAAUCCGGAGGAGAGAUAACAAUGUUGACUGUCGGCUUGGAAGGAACGAUCAGUCCUGGAGUCUGAAGUGCUCUGAUGGUGGUUACUCUGCCUGGCACGGUAACAGAGAAAUAGUGAUCCCUCCCCAACCCUCCUCUCACAGAGUAGCAGUGUACGUGGACUUUCCUGCCGGCACCCUGUCCUUCUACAGAGUCUCCUCUGACUCACUGAUCCACCUCCACACCUUCCGCACCACAUUCACUGAACCCCUUUACCCCGGGUUUUUGUUCUGGUCGUUUAACUCCUCAGUGUCUCUGUGCAAGCUGUAGGAAGGACACUCUCCGCAUGUGUAGGGAAACAGCAGAUAUGUUUUGGGAGAAACAUUAUGCCACUAGAAUUAUGUUUUUUGUUUUUUUUUAUCAACACAAUGAGAAAACAUUUUUAAGGAAAAUAUCUGCCAAGUUGAAAAAUGUUCACUGACAAUGCUUUUCAUUGUUUUUCCGACAAUAUCAGCCUGCAGCAACUGAGGCACG